GUAGAGUUGAAUUGUACCAUUUUUGUAUGUGAAAUAACCAACUGAAAACGCCCCAUUGUAGAAAAUGUGUGAAGAAAUUUCAAAAGUGUGUCGGUUAUGCAUGGAAGCGAUCGACUUAAAUCAUUCUAUGGAGGAUAGCACGACGCUGCGGAUGGUUGAAGAAUCCCUUCAAAUGACGUUCGUAUUCUUAGAGCCAUUCCUAUCGGCAGAAAUAUGUGAUGAUUGCUACUACAAAAUAAAGGACUUUUCCGAGUUCAAAGAAAACUGCCGCUCUAUGCAGGAACUCCUAUGGCAGGACAUAGAGAAUAUUGAAGCUGCAAACAACGCGAUAGGAGGAAACGAGCGAUGUGAAAAAAGAAAGACAAAAGGUAAAUCAUUCGAGAUUGUUGAUGGCGCAGAUGAAAUCGCAAUCCAAAAUACGGUUGAUGAGGAUGCCCCCAAACCAGAAGAGCCCCCUGUUAUAUUGAACAGCACUUUGCUAGCACACCAAAGCCGUGCUGCUGAGGCAAGUGUCGCCGAUAACAUUACAAUCAGUAAAACAGAAUGCCUCAAGGUUUCUCUCUACUGCGACAAAAAUAAUGAAUUCAUUACUAACAGGAGAGCAUACCACGAGUGUAACCUGUGUCACAAAUCGUAUAAUAAUCUAAACAAAAUCCAGCGACACUUACUUACCCACAAAGAAAAACGAAUUCACCAGUGCGAAUACUGCCCUAUGUCGUUUCGACAAAACUCCAGCUUGCAGGUUCACAUCCGGUCUCAUACCAAGGAAAAACCGUUCGUUUGCCCCCACUGUGGAAAUGCUUACGGAUACUAUACACUAUUGAAAAGGCAUCUGUAUCGUUAUCAUGCUCCUGAAAGUGAAACCUCUUCCAGUAUUGAAGGACAACAGACUGUAAAAUUAAUUAUUGCUUCAUCGGCAGAACUUUGAUCUUUGGAAUAGAUUUUUUUUUAUUAAAACUUACAUCAGCGUCAUACAGAGAAAGAAUCAUCAGCAUGUGGAAAACAUUUUACAUCCUCCAUUUUCCAUUACAAUCCAUCUUUUCCCGGUGCGCUUUGUUCGGAAUAAAGCUUGCAUUCAUGAUCUAUGAACCGUAAUGAAAUUAACUUACAAAAACUAUUUUUUGAAAUAUCA